AUGGCCACUAAAGCACCAUUCGUUGUUCCUGCCAUCAAGAGGCACACUGCCACCGUCAUCAUGGCCCAUGGUCUAGGUGACACGAUGAUGAUGGCCCAGAACUGGCGUCGACGCGGGAUGUACGAUGAAGUUUCCUUUAUCUUCCCCAAUGCGCCCUCCAUACCGAUCACGGUGAACUUCGGUAUAUCUAUGCCCGGAUGGUAUGAUAUCAAGAACCUCUCCCCUACGCAAACCAUAGAGGAAUUCUUUUCCCAACGCGAUGAGGCCGGCAUCCUCAAGUCCCGCGAUUACUUCAACACCCUCAUCAAACAAGAAAUGGACAAGGGAAUCAAACCCUCCCGCAUCGUAUUCGGUGGAUUCUCUCAAGGUGGAGCCAUGGCGCUGGUCACUGGCUUCGCAUCCCCCGUAAAACUAGGAGGUAUCUUUGGCUUGUCAUGCUACCUUCCCUUGUCUGCUGAACAACUCAAGAAGCAUACGCCAGAGGAUUGGCCCAACCAGAAGACGCCUCUUUUCAUGGGCCAUGGAGAUAUCGAUCAGGUGGUUAAACAUGAAUAUGGAGUGAAAACCGCUUCCGUCUUGAAAGAGAUGGGCGUUGAUGUGGACUUCAAGACUUAUCACGGACUUGGUCAUUCCAGUGAUCCAGAUGAGAUCCAGGACCUUGAGAAGUUCCUGGAGCGCAUCAUCCCCGAUGAGGGAACUGCCGCCUCCUCUGAAUUAUGA